UACUUAAUUUUAAUUUAGUAAUUUAAAUAAAAUGUUUAAUUGAUUUAUUUAGAAUAAAAAAGAAUAAUUGGAUCGGACCGAAUGGACCGACCGAAUGGGACCGGACCGAAUGGAUCGACUAGAUGUUUGGUCCGGUUCAGUCCGAAAAAAUGAUAGACCGAAAAAAUGAUGGACCGAAUCGGACCGGACCGAAACCGACCGGACCGGACCGUUUUCACCCCUGCUCACCGACCUAUCAUUAUUCAAAGAUAUUAGCAAACAUUUUUUUUUCUCUCUACGCAUUAAAUUAUUCAUUCAUCAAGUUUUUUUUUUCAAAAAAACCAUAAUAUUUUUGUAAAAAAAUCUGUUUACCUGGUAAAAAAUCUGUUUAAUCCAACUAGGUAAACGUACUCCUAACCUGAUAUAUGUAUAUAUAUAUACACAUAUUGAUCAGUUCUUGGAACUUUGAAUAAAGCUUUAAUUUUGAAGUUGUUCUUUUGUAUUCCAGAGAAGAUACUUUUGGAACGUGCAUGAAUAAAUGUAUACAUAGUUUAUAAAUGUUUCUUUUGAAAAUAUUUUAAAAUUAGGAAGUUAAUUUUUUUUUUGAGCCAUUAGGAAGUUAAUCUGAUAAUUUAUAAGGAUAUAUACAAUUAAAACCAACACGAAAUUAAAGUUUUCUUCUAUAUAAGACUUUGUUGAGGGGGACCGGUCUCGUUAGAAUUUAAAAAGCAAUAUACAUAAAGCGUGUCGGUAGAAUUUGUGGGGACCGGUCUCGGAGGCCCUAGCAUUGCUUAGGAGGAUUUAUUAUCUACUAAUUCUGCCUAGUACUUAAGUGCAAAAACCGCUUUUGAAUUUGGGUGUAUUUUUUUAAGUAUUCCCUUAAAUAAUUUAAAAAAAAAUUAAAAAUUUAUAAAAAAAUAUUUUCUCAAUUAUUAAAUAAAAAAUAAUAAUAAAUUGAUAGAAAAUGUCGGCCAUCCUCGGUAAGAGUACUAGCAUUUUCCAAAUCCUCCUACCUACCUGAAAAUAAUUUUAUUGAUUUAUAUUUUUAAUGCUCCUUAUUUUCUACCUUAGGCCCUUUCCAAUUAAUUGUUCAUCAGGCCAACUUGAAUUCUCUCUAUGUUAGCUUUUAUAAGAGGCAGCCGCAAAGAAAGAUUGGUUAUUUCUGAAGCACAGAUCAGACCCAAAAAAGGCCAGCGAUGGCUUUGCAUGCGGUAAGCUUUCGGAACAAGUACUAGUAGUGCUGCUACAUCUAAGUAUUGGGGUCCAGCUAGUUUUAGCAGCACCUCAACCCGACGAUCCGAGCUGCAUCCGCACAUGCGGAUCCGUUAAUAUCUCCUACCAUUUGAAAACAUGCUAGCUAGCUAGCUGCUGCUGCCUAAAAUAUAUAUAGGCCACAGCAGAAAAGGAAACAAGCCCAUACUAGUGUGCGUGUAAUCCGUAUUGUGUUGAGUGCCUGCCGAAAGCCCGCACGCAUGUUGAACGAAAAAGGUUCGGCUUUUUUAUUUUGUUUUGUUUUUGAAAACCGACCCCAAGCCCAGAAAAGAGAGGAAGCUGCUGUUCUUUCAACUGGGCAUACGUGCCUCAGGGCACGUAACAUCUUACUAGCCAACUUGAAGUCUCUCUUUGUUAGCUUGUUUUAUAAGAGGGAGUUGCAAAGAAAGACAAGUUUUUUCGGAAGCACAGAUCAGACAAGAAAAAGGUCAGCCAUGGCUUUGCAUGGAAAGCUUUUGGAACAACUAGUAGUGCUGCUACAUCUGAUUAUUGGAGUCCAGCUAGUUUUAUCAUCAGCACCUCAACCCAAUGAUCCGAGCUGCAUCCGCAAAUGCGGAUCUGUUGAUAUCCCCUACCCAUUUGGUACAAGGAAGGGCUGCUACCUUGAUCAAUCUUUUCUCAUCAUAUGUAACGACUCUUUCCAGCCCGCAAAACCAUUUCUGGGCGUUGAUCAUAAUAUAGAUGUCCUCAACAUCUCUCUUGAUGGUGAACUUCGAGUCUCAAACUUGGUAUUCCGUCGUUGCCAAUGGUGGCCAGAGUUUGAUAAUCAACCUAGUCUCCGCCGCAUCUCUGCCUUGCUCAACUUGUCGAACUUUAGCAUCUCAAUUGAGAAGAACAGUAUCUUUGCCGUCGGUUGUAACUUUUACGCCUACAUAAGUGGCUCGCAUGAACAAGAUUACAAGUUCAUGUCUGGGUGCAUAUCAUUCUGUGGCAACAGUUCCGGUUUGGUUAACGGCUCUUGCUCUGGCCUUGGCUGUUGCCAUUCUGCAAUCCCAGGAAACACAACGAAUUAUAAUUUGACCGUUCAGAGCAUUUACACUAAUGGAUCCAGCAGAACCUCGGGGCAAUCAUGUGGUUUAGGUUUUAUUGGGGAAACACAGGCAUACAACUUUUCCACCUUAGAUUUUACAAAUUUAACGAAAAGGGAGACUGUACCCCUGGUGCUUGAUUGGGCACUUGGAAAUAAGAAAUGCAAAGAUGCUGAGAAAAAUAUGACAAGCUAUUUAUGCAAAGCAGCAAAUAGUAGUUGUUCGGAACCCCAUGGUCGUGGGUAUAUUUGCAAGUGCCCUGACGGUUAUAAAGGGAACCCAUACCUUUCUGAUGAACACAAGGAUAGUUGCCAAGAUAUUGAUGAGUGCAAAGAUCGGAAUCCCUGCAAUGCUACUGCAACAUGUACCAACACUAACGGGAGCUACACAUGUAUAUGUCGCAAUGGAUAUGAAGGCGAUGGGAAGAUGCCGCCUGGAACAGGUUGUAGUCGAAAAGGCCAAUCCAAGAUCAUGAUUAUUGCCCUGGGUAUUAGCAUAAGCCUCUUGAUCCUGCUUGUGGGAACUUUAUUGGUAUAUUGGGUAAUGCAAAGAAGAAAGCUCACAAAACUGAAAGAGAACUUCUUCCAACAAAAUGGUGGCUUAAUCUUACAACGACAACUCUUGAAUCACAAAGAAUUAGUUGAGCCAGCCAAAAUCUUUAGUGCAAAAGAGCUUGAAAAGGCAACUAACAACUAUGAUAAAAGUAGAGUCCUUGGUCAAGGGGGCUUCGGAACUGUUUAUAAAGGAGUUUUAUCAGAUGACAAAGUGGUGGCCAUUAAGAAGUCCAAUGUUGUUGAUCAGAGCCAGAUUGAGCAAUUUAUAAAUGAGGUAGUUGUGCUUUCUAAAAUUAACCAUAAGAAUGUGGUUAAGUUAUUAGGUUGUUGUCUUGAGACUGAAGUACCCUUACUAGUAUACGAGUUCAUCACGAACGGAACACUUUUUGACCAUAUUCAUGAUAAAAACCUAUCAUCCUCGCUCUCAUGGGAAAAACGUUUGAAGGUGGCAUCGGAAACCGCAGGAGCCUUAGCAUACAUACAUUUCGAGACUUCUAUGUCUAUUAUACAUAGAGAUGUGAAAACUACAAAUAUACUUUUGGAUGAUAACCACACAGCAAAAGUGUCUGACUUUGGAGCUUCAAGACUGGUUCCUCUUGACCACACACGAUUAACAACCGUGGUGCAGGGAACUUUGGGAUACUUGGACCCAGAAUACUUCCAUACUAGCCAACUAACUGAAAAAAGUGACGUCUAUAGUUUUGGUGUUGUUAUUGCAGAGCUACUAACAGGUGAAAAGGCACUUUCCAUGGAUAGGCCCGAAACUGAAAGAAAUCUAGCAAUGCAUUUUGUUAUUGCAAUGAAAGAGGAUCGCCUACUUCAAAUUAUUGAUGAUCGCAUUCUUACAGAAGGUAAUAUUGAAGAAAUAAAGGAAGUUGCAAAUAUAGCCAAAAAGUGCUUAAAGGUAAGAGGGGAGGAUAGACCUAGCAUGCAACAAGUAACAAAGGAGCUGGAGGGAUUAAGACUUCUGGAAAAACACUCGUUGAAAAGGGUUGAUCCCAACACACAACAAAUCACUAAGCCUUUGCCCAAUGCACCUACACAUUCUUCAGGAAUUGAUGUUGACAUUGGCAGCUCUUCUAUGAGUACCAUUGUUGCAGAUGACAGUAUGAAAAAUCAAAUACUAAAACCAACAGAUAAUGAUGCAAGAUAAUUUGUUCAUCCACAUUGAAGGCUAGCUAGCAUAGCCUAUCUGUUGUAGACAUUCAUCAUCACCACCCAUUGCUAGCCAUCCACGUACACCCAUUUUCUCCAAUUUUUUACUUGCCCCUUACCACCUACAAGUGCUUUCUUACUCUCUCUUUCUGCCUCUCAACCACCUUCUUCCUCCAAUUCGAUCUCUUCCCACCCCUUAGAUCUCUCUCUCUCUCUCUCUCUCUCUCUCUCUCUCUCUCUCUCUCUCUCUCUCUCUCUCUCUCUCUCUCUCUCUCAUAUAUAUAGAUAUAU